CGGUCAAACCCGGUCAAAUCGGCAGAUAAAAUUAACCGUUCAAAUUCGAGGAACGCUACCGCCGACUGUACAGUGAGGAAAUACGUAAAGGGGGAAAAUGAGUGCACUGAAGAUUGUGAUAAAGGGUAGUACCCUGUUGUGUUCCAAUGGGGCGAAAUCGUUGGGAAUUGCUUCGAAGCAGGCUGUCUGGAAUAAAUUCAUUUUGUCUGGGCAGACAUCUGCCCGAUGCCUGGCAACCAAUGUGGAUGUGGACAAGAAAGUUAAGGAUGUCAAGGAAAGUAAAAUUCCCAAGGAAACAAAAAUGCCCGAACCGGAUCACUUGGAACAUUUCAAACCCGGACGGGUGGAUGAUAUGCCAGAACCGGAUUCACUCCAGCAUUUCAAGAAACCAAAAGAGAGUAGCUCCUCUGCGAUUAUAACGAAAACACCUCCUCCAGGCGUCAUCACCUUGCCCCACCCAAUUUGGGAGGAACAACAAGUUCAUGAAGUUAAAAUUACACACACUCCACCUGAGACUAUCAUAGACAAGAUGGCAUAUUACAACGUGCAGAUGUUGAGAAAGGUUUUCGACAUUUUCUCUGGAUUCAGCUUUGGAUACAGAAAUGAAAGGAAGUGGUUGAAUAGAAUCAGUUUCCUUGAGACUGUUGCCGGGGUACCGGGAAUGGUGGCUGCAAUGUUGCGACACAUGAAAUCUCUCCGUCGACUCCAGAGAGAUUUUGGCUGGAUCCACACUCUCCUAGAGGAGGCAGAAAAUGAGCGCAUGCAUCUGUUGACAGUACUUGAACUGAAGCAACCGUCCAUGUUAUUCAAGUUGUCUGUGAUUGCUUCACAAGGAGUGUUUGUGACUUGGUUCAGUUUUUGCUAUAUGCUGAGUCCGCGGUUUUGUCACCGUUUCGUUGGCUACCUAGAAGAGGAAGCUGUCAAGACGUACAGUAAAUGUCUGGAGGAUAUUGAGAACGGCUCCCUGCAACACUGGCAAACUCAGCGUGCCCCCGAUGUGGCUCUUAGAUACUGGAAGCUCAAAGAGGAUGCGACAAUGAAGGACGUGAUUCUUGCGAUCCGCGCUGAUGAGGCUCACCACCGAGUGGUCAAUCACACACUGGCGUCGAUGAAGCCGACGCAAUUCAAUCCAUACAAGCCCGGACAGUGAAUCCACAGCUGGAUUGUCUCCUCUUGCCAGGUUCACUGAAGCAAAUCCAGUUUUAGUCGUGUUGUACAAAGUGCACAUGUUGUAAUUAUGUUUGGUUCUUAGCACACACACACAUACUGGUUAACCUAUAAUUUGUGAUGUUAUCCCAGGUUUCCGUUUUCCAGUGAUUUGCAGGACUGGUAUAUUAUAUUAAUUUAAAGCCAUGAUGCCCAUAAUGUUUUGUAAUGUUGAAAUAUGUAGAACAGUUUGGUCUACUUUCUUUUUAUUUUCAGAACUUGUGUUUCAUUUAAAGCUACGAUGCCAGUUAUUUUUUUGCCCAAAUAUUUUGAAUCAUAUAGAAAUGAUCUGUUAUUUCUUUUUUACCCCUUUCAAUGAUGUAUAUUUUUACAACAUGCUAUGGCCACACCCAACAGUGGCAUAUUAAUGUAGGGUCUUCUUCAGUUCAACAAGGACAUUUUUAAACCAAAAGGGCAAUUUUAACUACUUGUCUUUCAUCAAGUGAUGAUACUAUACACAUGCGACUUCGAUUACAGUUACGGAAAAACACUUGUCUUUCAUCAAGUGAUGAUACUAUACACAUGCAACUUCGAUUACAGUUAUGGAAAAGCACUUGUUUUCUAAUGCUAGAGUAGUGGGUUUUUUGUGUGGGGUUAUUGUUUUUUUGGUUUGUUUGGCAUCUAGUUAAAAACAAAAAUCUUUAAAAAGAUGGCAUGGUGGCUUUAAAUAUAGUGUUGGAGACCAUAACAUUGUUUUUCGUCAGUGUGCUAGAGAAAUAACAUGUUUCUUGUACAACUUAUUGUGCUUCAGUUGCUUUUUAGUUUCGUGAAAGCAAAGUGUGGCAGAUAUAAAUUAUUAUGGGACUAGUUGAAAAUUGACAUUUAACCCUUUCUCCUGUGGUAAAUGAAGAACAUGAACAAUACAGUGUAGAAAUGGAGUGUGAAUGGGUUUACUUCAGAGAAACAUUGAAAUACUGAUAUGUGUUACCAUAGAGAGUAAUAUAUUUUGCACUUUAUUAUUUUUGUGUACUAUUUAAAAAUAUUGUUUACAUAAUUUAAAUUGCCUUUUUAAUUUAAAUUAUGGUUUGCUUAUUUUACAAUAUUAUAUACUAAUUUUAAACUACUCUUUAAGUUGUUUUCUUUUAUCGAAUUUAGAUAAAUUUUGCAAAUAAGUCACCUCAGCAUUAUACUGAUGUACAGAAAUACAGGUAUUCAAAAGGUGAUUAGUAUUUAUUAUGAUACACUCUUCUUGUACUGAAAAACUUAGUAAUUUCCAUUAAAAAAAAAAACCAAAGCAAAAAACAUAUAGAAAAAUGAGAAGAAAUCCAAACAAAAACACCAUGAUUUUUGGCUUCAUUUUCGUGCUUACAUGUAUAUCCAAUUAAGGCUGAAGCACUUCGGCUUCAAGCAGUGCUCUCAACAUCUCUUCUGAGAAAGAAGGGACUGACUAAAUAAGCUUAGUACACAGAGCUGACCCAUAUGUUUUAAAAUUAACAUCAUACAUUUACAGCUUAUAUGUAGUAAAUAGACAAUAUUUCAAAAUGCCGGGUAACCGAAAGUAGGUUUAUGUGAUUUUACCCUAGGUAACCAAAUUAUUUAUUACCUAAAACUUGCAUUGAACUUGUAUUUUAAUGAUAUUUAUUUUAGUCAAUAUUCUGUAAGUUUAAGUGAAAUUGAAUGUAAACUAAGAAUAUCUUAUGGCAAAAUUUUAAAGACGCAGACCCUAGUUUCAGCCCAUGAAAAUGGACACCAAGUUUUGUUAACCUACAAAUCUGCAACACAUUUGAAUAAGUUUAUAACAGCGAGAAGCUAAAGUCUAAAGUCUAAUGUACAAGUGAAAUCCCAUCCAUAAAUAGAUUUGAAUAAGUUUAUAACAGAGAGAAGCUAAAGUCUAAUGUAUUUAUAUAAGUGAAAUCCCAUCUAUAAAUAGAUUUCUCGAUAACCAUUACUUCUUAGAAGAAUGUGCAUUUUUAAAAUUAUGAAAAAUGCAUUUUGGGGUACGAAAAUAAAUAUUCUAAAUAAUAAAAUGUAAGUACUUACAAUUUAAAUGUUCAAAAAUGGCUUUAAUAGUGACAAAUGUGUUGUUGUGUUUAAAAACUAGGGUCUGUUACAUUAAUUAACAGUUUCUUUGAUACUCGAUGAUGUGACCUUCAGAACAUGUUAUGGCUCAAUAUAUAGCCGAUUUCAAUUCACAUAAAAAUUUAAGUUGCAUAAUCAACGUACAAUUACGAACAUUAUGAAGGUUCACACAAUGUUUUAAUUUAUUUUCAAUUUUUUUUAAUUCUCAAAAUAAGUUGAUGCUGUUGUAUAUACACAUGUAAUAGUUUAUAAUAUGUAUCAUGAUACAGGGUACUGGUAUUGUGAGGUUCACGAUACACAAAUUCUAGUAAUGCACCUUCAUAGACAUAGUCAGAAAAGAAUUUUGAAAUACUCAAGAAAUGGAUUGAACAGUUUUAUUUUGUUUUUGUUUUGAAGUUGUAUGAUCAUUAUUAUUUUUGGUAGUUUCAGCAUUCCAAAAAUCUUUUGUUAAAUUAUUUAUACAAAUUUUAAUUGUUUUUUUCCCAAGAUAUAAUCACAAGCUUUGGAGUGUUGCAGCUAUCUCAAUUCAGUGUAAAGCUUGACAGAUAUCGGGAAUGCUAGAAUAUCUUAAUUAUACUAGUAUUUUCUCAACUUAGUGUAACUCUUGACAGAUAUCGGGAAUGCUAGAAUAUCUUAAUUAUACUAGUAUUUUCUCAAUUCAGUGUAACGCUCGACAGAUAUCGGGAAUGCUAGAAUAUCUUAAUUAUACUAGUAUUUUCUUUAGAGCUUAAUAAGAAGCUGUUUUAGUUUUUAGUUUGCAUUUUUUGCUUAAUUACAUCAUUAUGUUAUCAAUUUUGGGGAAAUGAAAAUGUAAGAACAAAAUUAAGGAACUUCAUUUUGCUAUGUGUAUUAAUAUUGGUGUUGGGGUGGGUGGUAAACUUUGGGAACCAGCAAAGAAAAAAAAGGAACUUCAUUUCGGUCUUUGUGUAUUAAUAUUGGUGUUGGGGUGGGUGGUAAACUUGGGAACCAGCAAAGAAAAAACAGCAUCAAUAAGAGUCCUACGAAUAUAAGUAAGCAGCGAUAUGUCAUCUAUGUGACAUGUUGCUAUAUUUCAUUCUUGUUAAGUGUGUAAUAUUUGGAGUGGAUUGGUAUAUAGGUGGAGUAAACGAAUAUUUAGACAGACUGAUUAUGUUUUAAUUUUCAUUCAAUAAAACAGAAAAGUUGGUUGUUCACUGUACCAAAAUGAAAUUUUCUCAUAUCACUAUAAAAUCAUAUAUGUUUUGCAAUAUAUGAGAACCUUUCUAGAAAAUCUAAAUCUAAAUGUAUGGGUCAUUCUAUGCUCUAGAUCCCCUUUUGAAUGUUUUUCUUCUUUUAUUAUUUUUUUUUUUUUUACAAUGUGUUUACUCAUAGCAUAGCUUGUGAUAAAACAAUUGCUUAAAUUGAUCAUGUUAAUGUUUACAGAAGAUGAUGAACUAAUAAUUAAAACGGUUAUAUCUGAAUUAAUUCACUGAAUAUUUUCCAGUUGAUUGAUUUAUAUCUGUCAAAAUAUGCAAAACAUUUUUCAAGACCUCUCCCUCACCCCCCCUUCCUGGACAGAGAGGGAAGAUAUAGGAUAAAAAAUAAUUAUUAAAAGUAUGCUAGUCACAUGACAGUGUGUGUGUGUCUCUUUGUGUUUGAGUCUGUCUGUGUGUAUGAGGCACAAUGUACUGGUUACUUGACGUUUGCCGAGUGUUAAAAAAAGAUUUUGUUAAUGAUGGAACAGAGAGGGUGGGCCAGAUGCCCCCAAUAAUUUCCACCAGUAGGACAAACUAUGAUACAAUUUCCCUCUCUUGUCCACUAAUUUAACCUCAGAAUCGAAGUAGGCUUGCCGUUUGUUUCUUGCUUUUACAUAUCAGUCAAGCACUCUACCACUGACAUUGUGCUUACAUUUUAGUACUACUGUAGAUACAAUGUAGUUAUCAAAAUUAAAUGUAAAAUUUAUUAAUUAAAGAUAAAUGUAAGUCUUUUUUUUUUUUGCCCUUAAGACCAAUGCUAUUUUAUGUCUUAAGACUCUUUACUACAUCUUAGUUGGUAGAGUGCUUGCCUUAGGUGCUUGGGUCAUGGGAUUGAUUUCCCGCAGUGGACCCAUUCUCCGAUUGUUUUUGUGUUGCUGUUUUUCCGUCCCAACCAGUACCCGACAACUGGUAUAUCAAAAGGUGUGGUAUAUGCUAUCCUUUCUGGGAAAAUGCAUAUAAAAGACCCCUUGUUGCUAAAGAAAAUAUGUAGUGGGUUUCUUCUAAGACUGACUAAAUAUUUGACAUCCAAUAGCUGAUCUAAUUAAAUAAUCAUUGUGAUCUACAAGUGUAAUUAUACAAAACAAAUGUUAUUACAUUGAUUUUCUGUUUGGCCUACUAUGUGACAAGUUAAUAUACUUGUAGAUAUAUUUUGUGGUUACAAUAUUAAAGAUACUGAAAAAAACCAUCAGUAUAACUGCAAUUAUUAUAAAGCAAAAUGUGUUAAUUUUGCAUGACGACAAACCAAACAGUUUAUUAGUUCUAAAUUAUUUUUUUGUAGUAAAGUUCAGAUUUGGUUGAAUUUUUUUGUGUUAAUUGUAUGUUUAAAAAUAUGUAAACAAUUAAUUCAUUAUUUUUCAUCAUAAUACUGUUUCACAUGUAGUCAUUCAUAUGUUUGGGUGAGUUUUAAGUUAUUUAAGUUGUAUUUAAAUCUACAAAAUGUUACAUGAUGCUAUUUGUGUCCAUGUUACUUUACCAUGCUUUAUAAACACAUACAAAUUCUGAAUAAAACUUAAAAAAGAGGUGGAGUUAUUUUGGUAUCAUUGUUUCUGAAAUAUUUAGGUAAUAUGUUAUAAAAAUUCAUGCAAUUUGAAUCUUUGUUGAGCUUCUUUUUAUUUAUUUUUUACUUAGUUAAAAUAUAUAUAUAUAUAUAUAUAUAUAUAUAUAUAUAUAUAUUUUAUGUGUGUGUGUGUGUCUCCAGAAAAGGGGAUUUGGAGCAUAUUUGACCCAUAUUGUUUUCGUAAUUCAUUUUAAUAAUGUGUUUUUUUCUCUCACUCUCCCUGAUUGAGUCGGUGCAGCUAAAAUCUAUUGACUCUUUGUUUCUGUCCUCAGAAUUUCCUUCUGAAUGCUUUAUAGAUACAUGGAAACAACAUUUUAUGGUGUGCAAUUUAACAAAAAUAUUUUUAUAGCUUUUUAUCCAAUUGCAGGUUAUUAUUAAAUUCUGUACAAAUGAGACUGGAAUGGACCUGAAACACUGAAAAAUUACUUUCAUUUAACUAUAGAGUUUUCAGCUUUUAAAAGACAAUUUCAGCUUUUAUGUUUACUUGGGUACAAGGGCAAAUCCAGGAAAUGUUUUAGAGAGGGAAAAAUGGGCAUACGGGAAGGAAAAGUAAACAAAUUGUUCAAAAAGGGGGCACUUUAAUUUUGUGGGGGGUGGGGAUGGGGGCGAGUAUCCCUGGGUCUCCUCCCUUGAAGGAUUUGCCCUUUGGGCAUCACAUCCCUGUAAUUAUUCACUGAAUCUCCUAACAGAAAUUGAAGACAAAAUCUGUGAAUAAAUCCUUUUCUAUUUAUAAACCUAUAUGCUUAUUUAUAAACCAUUAAGUCUAUUUUUAAACCAGUAUGCCUAUUUAUAAACAAGUAGGCCUGUUUGUGACAUGAAGGGUUUGAAAAUCAUUUUAUUCAUUAUGUUUGUUUUGUUUUUGUCUCCACAAUUGAUCACAAAUGGGGGAAGGAAGGCACUGUGCAUGUAAUUGUUAUAUUCUUUCUUUUAACUUAUUUUCGUGCUUAUAUCCAAUUAAGGUUCAAGCAUGCUAUCCUGGGCAUACGACUGGACAGAGGGUUAGUUGGUAAUGGUUAGUGAGAGAAAAAGAGGAUGUAGUGGCCUUACACCUACCCAUUGAGCCCUUAAGAACUCUGGGUUGGAGCCAGUACUGGGCUGCGAACCCUGUACCUACCAGCCGGUAGUCAAUGGUUUAAUCAUGAUACCACCGAGGACAGUAAUUCUUAUAUAGUUGGUAGAUCUGCUGCAGUUGUUUCCUCUAUGCAUACUUUGUUAAAAUUUCAUUUUGUGGGUGGUUGGUAUACAAAAAUAAAAUUUGUUACUUUGACUGACCCACUUAACUAUGCCCUCCCUCCAUCACCCAUUGUGGUCAAUUCUGGAAUAUCCCAAGUGAGAUGGUCCAUUUGUAUAAAUGAGCUGGGUACUUGCAUAAUAAUGUGAUUUCAAACAUGCAUUUGGUUUUUUGUUUACACUAUCUGAACAUCCGUUACAGUACAGUCCAGUCAGUUUAUAGAGUACACGCACGAGACAAAAAUAUCCUUUUAGUCCAAAGUCAAAACAUUUGUACUUCCCUACCACCUUCUGGUUCAGGCUUGUACCCCCUGGACCCUGACUCUGGUGUGAUCAGUGACCUAGACCAGCGGGGAGGGAAGAGGCACUUUAUAUACCAUAGCAUAAAUGACAACUGGCACCUGCCAGGUUGUAAAUUCACAGUAAAGCAAUCACAACUUUGUUGUAAUCAAAGCACUUGUAGGACCCCACACACACACACACCCUCUGUAUCCAUUAUUAAGGUAGAAAAAAUACAUUUAUAUGGAGGAACAUUUGUUGAUAGGAGGUUGUCAUAUAGAACAUGUAUAGCCAUUAUAUUCAGAUGUUAAAUUAAUGUUUAUAUGCUCAAAGGAAUUCUUUUGAAAUGCUCAUUGUAAAUAGGUGAUUGCUAUAGACAGGUGACACUAUAUUGGUCAAAAUAAAGGAGGGAGGGGUGUUUCAGAUAAAAAAAAUUAUGUCCAUUAUAGAUAAGUGGUUGUUAAAUAAAAUGGACUUAAUUUAUUUGUGUGCUUAUAUUCAAUUAAAGUUCAAGCACAUUGUCCUGGGCACACACCUCGGCUAACUGGGCUGGCUGUCUAUGAUAGGAUUUAAUAGUGAGAGAGAGGUCGGUAUAGUGGAUUUUGGGAGUCGAUGCAGGGGUGCGAACCCAAUAUCCACUAGACCAUCAAAAUAGUGUGGACUUUAUGGCAGGUUUGGCUGUGCAAAACAUAUAUGUAUUCCCCACUCAUAAAGAGAUUAGUUUACAGUUAUGUUAUUUUUCGUGUGAUAUUCUACAGAAUAUUUUCUCUAAAGUUGUUUUGUUGAAAAAUAAAAAUACUGAUUCACAUAUG